AUGUGGCUGGAGGAGAACGGCUCCUGCGGAAGAAGAAGUCUUCCCUCCUCAGGGGAACGAGAAGCUCACGUCGUGCAGUACCCUGUCACAACAGAUGCUACCAUUAACGAGAAAAAUUGGCUCAGAGAAACGAACUCCCAGUCGAAGGCUGCGAUGGAGUCGGCCGUUGCCGCGGGCAAUGACGAGGACGAGGAUGAGGGGGAGGCGAUGGAGUGCGGAUGCUGCUACUGCGAGGUUACGUUUGAGCGCAUGGUGCAGUGCAGCCUCGGCCACCUGUUCUGCGAGGAGUGCCUGCGGCGAUACGCGAAGGAGGCUGUCUACGGACAGGGCAAGGUGGCGCUGUGGUGCAUGGGCGACGGCUGCAGCGCGGGGUUCCCGCUCAGCCAGCUGCGCAAGGCGCUGCCGCAGAUGCUGAUGGAGAAGUACGAGGAGCGACAGGUGGAGGAAUCGAUCAGCCUCGCGGGCCUCGCUGACCUAUGCUCCAAACUUGUGACUUCACUGCAAUCUUCUGCCGAGGCGAUAGCAAAGUUUUCAUGCGUGCCAAGAAGCGUCGACUGCAUGAUGGAGUCGUGCCGACACUGCGGGGAGGACUGGGAUGAGCAUUUCGGCAAGCGCUGCGAGGAACUGGAGAGAUGCGACGAGACCAGGCUGAGGACGCAUUAUGAGGAGAGGAUGACAAAGCUGAAGGUGCGAACCUGCGGUAAAUGCUCGGCACAGUUCUUCAAGGUCGAGGGCUGCAACAAGAUGACCUGCCGCUGCGGCGCGACCAUGUGCUACAUAUGUCGCGCUCCCAAG